ACUGAAACCCCUACCACAACAAAGCCACCAACGACAACUAUGGCCCCAACGACAACAAGUGCUCCAACAACAACUGAAACCCCUACCACAACAAACCAACCAACAAAAACUAUGGCCCCAACUACAACAAGUGCUCCAACAACAACUGAAGCCCCUACCACAACAAACCCACUAACAACAACUAUGGCCCCAACAACAAGUGUUCCAACAACAACUGAAGCCCCUACCACAACAAACCCACCAACGACAACUAUGGCCCCAACGACAACAAGUGCUCCAACAACAACUGAAGUUUCUUCCACAAUAAGCCCACCAACAACAACGAUGGCCCCAACUACAACAAGUGCUCCAACAACAACUGAAGCCCUUACCACAACGAGCCCACCAACAACAACGAUGGCCCCAACUACAACAAGUGCUCCAACAACAACUGAAGCCCCUACCACAACAAACCCACCUACAACAACUAUGGCCCCAACUACAACAAGUGCUCCAACAACAACUGAAGCCCCUACCACAACGAUCCCACCAAUAACAACUAUGGCCCCAACUACAACAAGUGCUCCAACAACAACUGAAGCCCCUACCACAAUAAGCCCACCAACAACAACUAUGGCCCCAACAACAACAAGUGUUCCAACAACAACUGAAACCCCUACCACAACAAACCCACCAACGACAACUAUGACCCCAACGACAACAAGUGCUCCAACAACAAUUGAAACCCCUACCACAAUAAGCCCACCAACAACAACUACGGCCCCAACAACAACAAGUGUUCCAACAACAACUGAAACCCCUACCACAACAAAGCCACCAACGACAACUAUGGCCCCAACUACAACAAGUGCUCCAACAACAACUGAAACCCCUACCACAACAAACCAACCAACAAAAACUAUGGCCCCAACUACAACAAGUGCUCCAACAACAACUGAAGCCCCUACCACAACAAACCCACUAACAACAACUAUGGCCCCAACAACAAGUGUUCCAACAACAACUGAAGCCCCUACCACAACAAACCCACCAACGACAACUAUGGCCCCAACGACAACAAGUGCUCCAACAACAACUGAAGUUUCUUCCACAAUAAGCCCACCAACAACAACGAUGGCCCCAACUACAACAAGUGCUCCAACAACAACUGAAGCCCUUACCACAACGAGCCCACCAACAACAACUAUGGCCCCAACUACAACAAGUGCU